AUGUUUAGAAAAUUCGCCAAGGAAGAUGUCCACUCACGUUCCAACGUUAAAUCUUCUGUGCAAAGAAGUCUUAAGAGUAAAUUAGUGAGCCAAUACCCCAAGUUGGAAGAUGUUAUUGAUGAGUUGAUCCCUAAAAAAAGUCAAGUGGAAUUGAUAAAAUGUGAAGAUAAAAUCCAACUAUAUUCCGUGGAUGGUGAAAUUCUAUUCUUCCAAAAAUUUGCAGAGUUGAUUCCCACGCUGAAACUUGUACAUAAAUUUCCAGAUGCAUAUCCUACAGUUCAGGUUGAUAGAGGAGCCAUCAAAUUUGUGUUAUCCGGUGCCAACAUCAUGUGUCCAGGUCUAACUUCACCAGGUGCUUCACUUCCAGAGGCACCAGGUUAUGAAAAGGACUCUGUGGUAGUCAUUAAUGCAGAAAAUAAGGAAAGCGCUUUGGCUAUUGGUAAACUUAUGAUGAGUACUGAAGAAAUUAAAUCAAUUAAUAAGGGCCACGGUGUGGAAAUGAUCCACCAUUUGAGCGAUCCGCUAUGGCAUUUUAAUUUAGAUUAG